CGCGCUGCCGCGCUCCCCCGCCGUCCACGCGCGAUGGCGUCACCCAUCGCCGCCGCCGCGGCAACCGCCGCGGUCACGGGCCUCGUCCGCCGCAUGCGCCGACGGGACGCGCUGAGCGACGACGACGAGAACGGCGCGACGACGAGCUCGGACGAGGGCGUCGGCUCCCCGCGCGGACACGUCGUCGCCCACCACGCCCGCGGCGUCGGCCAAUUUUUCAAACGCCCGGUCGAAAACGUCGGCCGCGCCGCCAAGCGCCGACUCCGCGCGCGCGUGACCGGCGACCCGACCGGCGAGACGCGCGUCCGCGAGUACGUCAAGCUCCCGCGAACGAUCCAGCUCAUCGACAAGCUAUCCUUCACCGGCGGCGUCCUCGGUCUGAUGCUCACGCAGCACGUCGCGACGACGCGACCGGGGCUCUUUUGGCUCUACUACCUCGUCGUCGCGCCAUUCGUCUUCGCGAACAGGGUGGCGACGUAUACCGCGAUGAAGUACCACUACUUCCUCAUCGAUUUCUGUUACUACGCGAACGCGGUGUGCUUCGCGCAGAUCUUGGUGAACCCCGGGAGCGCGCGGCUGUUUCGAACGACGUUCGCGUACGCCACCGGACCCAUCCUGUGGGCCAUCCCGCUGUGGCGAAACUCGCUCGUGUUUCACUCGCACGAUAAAGUGCAGAGCGUGUUCAUACACACCGCGCCCGCGAUACUGACGUACUGCGCGCGAUGGUACGGCCAAGACGCGUCCCCGCUGGUCGCGAUCGGGGCGUGGAGCGAGAGGGUCUUGGGGACGCGGUUGCCGGGACUGCUCGGCGGGAACGCCAAUCGGCUCGGCGUCGCCGAGUUGUCGACGCCGAUGACGUCGACGCGAGAGAUGUUAACCGAGUUUUACCUCUGGCCGACGCUCGGGUACAUCGCGUGGCAGGUGGCGUACCUGCUCAAGACGGAAGUGCACGACGUGAAGCGGCUGGACGAGGACCCCGAGCUCGUGACGUCGCUCAGGUGGCUCGCCGGGGAUUAUAAGCUGGCGGUGACGAGGAGCACGCUGCGGACGUGUCGCCGGUUGGGGUUCUUCAAGGUGGACGAGCUCUUCGACGCGAGCAGCAUCAAGACCAAGAUGGUAUUCGUGACGCUUCAGCUCGCGUACACCGUCGCGACGUUCCUGCCGAUACCGCUGUGCUACCGAUAUAAGACGUUUCACACCGCGUUGGUGGGCCUCACGUUUCUCUCGUGCAUCUGGAACGGGGCGUGUUAUUACAUCGACAUCUUCAGCCGGAGGUACAUCAAGCGGUUCGAGGACGGGAGCAACGGGGCGAACUUGCGGCACGAGGAUCAGCAGGACGGGAUCAUCGUCACGGAGGUGACGGGGAGGAAGAACACGCCGCCGGAGGGCGACGGGCGGAGGGAGACGUGAUCGAUCGUCGGAGGGACGGGGCGGCGGGGAGAAGAAGACGAAUGAGAGACGAGACGAAGCGAGGAAGGGAGGGGUCGGGGUCGUUUUGAAUAGAGCGGGCGAUUGAGGUGCGGUAGGGAUGUGUACGUGUUGGACGGGACGGGACGAGAUUGUAAUGGGGAUCUUUGACUUGACGCGCGUUGCAUGUUGUAAAGAAAGGUUAGAAUGACGUAU